UAAGAUUGCACGCAUCUGAUAAUAGGCUAAAGGUCCUUAAAGGCAAUUAAAAAUAUCUAUUCGAGGCACUUGAGAUCCAAGCACCGAAGCACAUUCUUCAGAAUCGACAUGUUUAUGAAUAUUUGACUAGGCCAAUCGGAGAUGUUUAUCCGUGGGCCUAUCUGGAGUGUUGAUUCUGCGGAUUUCGACCGGGCCGGGGGUGUGCAACUGUUAUUAUUUAUAUAGAAUCUUAUCGACGAUGUGUUAUCAUCCUGAGAGCUACUGUAAAACUCUCAAAUCGAGGAGCGAUAAGAUGGACAGGGGAGUCCGUAUAAGAAGCGGUGCGUUGAUGCGGGUGGCAUUGUGAAAGUGAAACCCAUAUUGCCACCAUGAAGUACCUACUCAGCGUGACUCUGCUCCUGGCCAUUGGCCUGCAGCAGAUCGAUGCCCACGGCAUGAUGCUGUCGCCUCCCAGUCGCUCCUCCCGCUGGCGUUACGACGGAUCCGCCCCCCAGAACUGGAACGACAACGAACUCUUCUGCGGUGGACUGUAUACCCAGUCCAACAACGGAGGACGUUGCGGCCUGUGCGGUGACAACUACUCAGAUGGCCAGCCCCGUGCCAACGAAAUCGGUGGCAACAUUGGUGGAGCGGGUGUGAUCACCAGGAGCUACGCUGCCGGAAAUGCCAUCACCGUAGGCGUGAAGAUCACCACCAAUCACUUGGGCUACUUUGAGUUCCACCUGUGCAACCUGGAUAACUAUGGAGCCGAGUCGGAGGAGUGCUUCGAUGCCAACCGCCUUCGUUUCCCCGAUGGCAGUGACAAGUUGCAGAUCGGCGGCCAGAGCGGCGAGUUCGACGUGACUGUCAUCCUUCCCGACGGCGUCACCUGCAGCCACUGCGUUCUCCGUUGGACCUAUGUGGGCGCCAACAACUGGGGCAUGUGCGACGAUACCUACGGAGCUCUGGGCUGUGGUCCCCAGGAGACCUUCAAGAACUGCGCCGAUGUGAGCAUCAGCUGGGGCCGCAACAUGCUCACGGAUCUGGUCAACAAACAGGAGAAGCCCGUGGCUCCCAUCGAAGUGGUUUAAGAUGUGUUUCUUCAAUAGUUCUACAACUGCCAAUUAAGUCUGAAAGUGCUCCAAGCCAAAUAGUCAGCCAAAGUUAAUAAAUACAUGAACAUUAAAUGAAUUGAUA